UCCCAUUCCUCCCCCUGUUGUCAAGAUUCAGAAAUGCUUCUGCUGCAAAAUAUUUCUGUCCCGACUAUCACGCCAUCAACCAGAAUAUCGUCACAAUAUCAUCUUAUUUGGAUCCGUGAUAUUGUGUAUUCACUUUAAUUAUGGAGGCCAUACACACCCAAGGUAUUUGGAUUGCUGAAGCACUUCAGCAAAGAACGAAGAGCCAAGACAAACUUUGGUUGAUUGCCACUCACAUUGGGGAUCCCAAAGCUGCCUUCCUUCUCGUGUUCCCCUUGACUUACUUUCUCAACCGACGGACUGGAUUUGCAGUUGUCUGGGUGGCUGCUAUUUCGGAGUGGCUUAAUCUAGUGUUCAAAUGGAUGCUCUUUGGGGAGAGACCAUUCUGGUGGAUUGGAGAAUCCCGUUUAUUUGAGAAAAACCCUCCCAAACUCCAACAGUUUGCCUCAACUUGUGAAACAGGUCCAGGCAGUCCAUCUGGUCAUGCAAUGGUAACAGCAGCAGUGUGGUGGGUGAUGGCCUCAUCCCUGGGUUCUCUUCUCUACUCCUACACACGCAGCAUGUUGCUAUCAGCGGUUCCAUAUGUGCUGUAUCUGCUGGGGUUAGUGGCAGUUGGCUUCUCUCGCAUCUUCAUCCUGGCACACUUCCCCCAUCAGGUCAUAGCUGGCUCUUUGACAGGCUUCAUUCUUGGGGUAGUUCUGAGCCGUCAGGUUCCAGAAGGUCGCCCUCUGGUGUUUUUUGUGAGUUCCAGCAUUGGGCUACUCCUCAGUGCUUUCCUAAUCCACUCAGGACUGACAUGGCUGGGCUUCGACUUGUCCUGGUCCAUUGCGUUGGCUAAGAAGUGGUGCUCCCAUUCAGAGUGGAUUCGGCUGGACACAGCCCCGUUUUCCUCACUAACACGGGACUGUGGUGCUAUCCUGGGCUUGGGGCUGGCCCAGUACUGGAAGCCAGGUGGGUACACUCUCCCCUGUGCUCCACGUGCCCUGUGUCUGGCCCUCUGCUCCAUGGCUCUCUACCAUGUCCAUCGACUGCCUCUACCAAUCCAACCACAGCCCCUCUUCUACUUCCUCUUCUUUAUCAAGUUUACCAUCGUGCCCCAGGUGGUCAUGAUUUAUGUACCUGGCUUUGUACACCUCCUUACACACAAAAAGAAAAAUGAUUAAAAUGACACAUUCCUCGGAAGUUCAACUCUGGACACUGAGAGAAAAGUUUCUUUAGGUACUUUUCUUUUCAUACACACUCCUGUAUAAAUGGGGAAAUUGAUGGCAAUAUGGGUGUUGACUUCUAAGGAAGUUGUCAGACAAAUGCUGAAUGGCAAUUUUUCUGCUGAUGAUUGAAGAUUGUAUCAUGCCCAUUUGCAGGAUAUACAGUUGAAGUUGGAAGUUUACAUAUACCUUAACCAAAUACAUUUAAACUCAGUUUUUCCACAAUUCCUGACAUUUAAUCCUAGUAAAAAAUUCCCAGUUUUAGG